AUGAUUUCAAGGCUCAUUCCGUGGAUGAUAUACCUGACAUUAAGUGGAGCCAUCUUUUUUCAAUCCUAUUACAAGUACAAAUUUUGUCCGCAAUAUUUUUAUUUACAUUCAAUGCUGGGGUUUCCAAUACAAGGCUUGAAAAGACUACUCGAUGAGAAUGUUGGAUUUCAUAAAAUAUGUGCCUUUAUCACGGUAGCGGCCUCAGUGAUACAUACUAUAGCCCAUUUAAUAAACGCAGAAAACUUCUCUAAACACUAUAAUCAAGACUAUGCAGAUUUAAACUUUGCUAAGUUCAAAGAUCAGAAUCCUCUGGUUUUUGUCUUGUGCUCAGUUGCAGGGAGCACAGGAAUCCUGAUGAUGGUAAUAUUGAUGUUAAUGAUUGGUACAUCUAUGCCAGUAUUAAGGAGAAGUUCUUACGAAGUGUUUUGGUAUUCGCAUCAUUUCUUCAUUGCAUUUUACAUUCUUCUUGCUGUUCAUGGACUGGGGUAA